AUGCUGCUAUUACGUACUACUUUGCGAGGUGUCCAUUUGAGGUCACCAGCGGCUUUUUCUUCUUCCAUUUUUAUAAGAAGUUUCGGGACGUCUUCACUUUUGAAAUUUCCUAGAAAGACUAGAAUCACGCAGGAGAUCUCAGCAGAAGAAGUCAAACGAUAUGAAGAACAGCAACAUCAACAAGGAAAUAAUGCUAAGGACUUUUACUACCGAACGAACCCUCUGCUGGAUGCUGGAGAGUACAGAAAUGAACCUUCACUGUUCCAUACUAUAUUCAAUAUUCCACCCAAUGAGAAUGGGUUGAUUACCCCUGAAGAUGGCAUUUAUGAUAUCUUGAAAGAGCCUACUUUGGUUAUUGAGAGACAGAUCGAGAUAGCGAAUGUCAUUUUAGGCUUUGAACAGGCCAACCGGUACAAGAUCAUGAACUCCACGGGAGAACAAAUAGGGUAUAUGCAAGAGAAAGAUUUGGGAAUAUUGAAAGUAAUAGGUAGACAGUUCUUCAGGUUGCAUCGGCCAUUUGAUAUUGACGUCUUUAAUAACUAUGGUGACUUGUUAUUGACGAUUAAAAGACCUUUUUCGUUCAUCAAUUCUCACAUCAAGUGUUUUCUUCCAGGAUACGAUACUGAUAACAGUCUCAUUUUCGAGAAAAUCGGUGAGUCUAUCCAGUCGUGGCACUUAUGGAGAAGAAGAUACAACUUGUUUAAGUUAGAAGACGAAGUAACGGAUGAUUUCAACCAGUUCGGGGCUAUUGACGCACCUUUCCUCUCGUUUGAUUUCCCUGUGAAAAACCAAAACGGUGAUGUCAUAGCCUCUGUAGAUCGUAACUGGGUAGGGUUAGGCAGAGAACUAUUCACUGAUACUGGUGUUUAUAUCGUGCGAAUGGAUCCUGCUUCCUUUGCAGGAAUGGGUGAGUUGUAUCCUACUGUAGCUGGACCCUUGACCCUUGACCAAAGAGCUAUAUUGCUAGGAAAUGCUGUCAGUAUAGAUUUCGACUACUUUUCAAGACACAGCCGUGGACCAGGAGGAGGUUUCUUAUCAUUUGGAGGAGGAGAAUAA